ACAACUCCGAGCUUGCCAUUGUAUUCAAAAUACUCCAACAUAUUUUUAACAAAAACACCAAGAAAAUGAACUCCUUCCUAGUCAUGCUUUCCUUGUUCUUAUUGUCUGUUCAAUACUCAGCUGUUUCCGGACAAGAGAACCCAUUGUUUGUAACGUCUAACCACUUAGAAAUGGUGCAAUUAGCAGGAUACGGGCACGACAAACUCUCGUCUGUUUUAGUAAGUGGUACGGUUCUUUGUAGAGCUUGUUUGCCAGGUGAAGCGGAUGAAGAUCGUUCAUGGCCUAUCGCAGAUGCAGCGGUAGCUGUUACAUGCAAAACUGGUGGCAAGAGGAAGAAACACUGCGAGGCAAAAGGGGUCUCAGAUGAGUAUGGAGAGUUCAUCAUCGAUCUUCCUUCAGAACUGCACGCUCAUCCAAACUUAGACAAAGUUUGCACUGUUCGGGUUACGAGUCUGCCCAAGAACACACCCUGCAGUCAUCACCAUUUUCUUCUAAGAAAGCCAAAAGCAAUAAGAUUAGCAUCAGUCGGCAACAGCAUCCGCAUGUAUACUGCUGGAACCAUGACGUUCAAGCAACCAUCAAAACCAUGGCGAGUGUGCUUAAAGAGACGUGGAAAAACAAAUGCAAAAUCUUCAUGGAGAGGUUUCAGAUAGAGGAAAGAAAUUAAAAUCCGAUGGAUGACAUCUGUUUCAAUCCGAAAGCAUCCCAGUUCACAUAUUGUAAGAAGAAAAAAAAGGUGAACUGUGCCAGAUGUGUAGAUAUACUACUAUUAAAUACACCAAUAUGCAUUGUUAUACAGUGAUGGUGAGUUUGUUGCAGAUUGAUCAACAACCCUAUUUGUAAAUCUUCUUAUCCUUGUUCCCUCCACAUAUAAUAUGAAAAAUGGGUAGUACAAAUA